CGUGUCCCUAACCUCAGUUAUUUGUUGUUAAUUUUGCGGUUUUGUUUUUAAAUUUUCUUUUAAAAAUGGUGUGUAAAAAUACUUUAAGGAUUAAACAUUUACCGAAAGAAUUAUCCGACGCACAAAAGGAAGACUUUGCUAGACAUUUCGGAGCGAUUAAAGCGAAGGUAAUAACGUCCAAAGCUAAAUCGAAGUCUGUAGUUUAUGCAAAAUUUGAAACCGAAGAAAUAGCAAAGAACGUACUGUUAAGACUUCACCAGAUUACCGUUUUGAACUGUAUUUUGUGCGUGGAAUAUGCGGAGAAUGAUAUAUUACAUGGCGUUCUUGAAAAUAAGAAAGCCGAUUUACAAGACCUACCAGAUCAGAAGUUUUUCAAAACCUUUAUUAAUAAAAUAAACGCUUUUAACGAUACCGUGGGCUUCCAUCAGCCUCCUCCUUCGCAUUUGAAGUAUAACUAUCCGAAAGCAAACAGACCGACAAUAAAUAAUAUAGCUCACGCUUUAGCAACGGUUCCCAGGUUUUAUAUUCAGGUACUUCAUUUAAUGAAUAAGAUGAACUUACCUCCACCGUUUGCUAUGCCAAACCCACCUGUUAGAACUAUACAUCCAUCCCAGCAUCCGGUUAUCGAAACAAAACCAAGUGAAACUGUGACAAACAAAGCUGAAUCUUCGGAGUCUGAGUUAGAGAGUGAUGGCGAAUCAAGUAAAGUGAAAGAAGUAAUACCACAAAAACGAACAUUGCCUCAGAAAAAGGUUAUUAAAAGACCUAAAUUUAUAAAACAGCCUGUAGUGCAAGCCACAACAAAUCCUAGCAGUGUUGAAGGGAAAAAUGGUGACAUGUUUGAGAAGGUUGAUGUUCAGCCCCAAAAAAAGAUUGACAUUAAAGUGAGUUCAGGUUCUUUAGAAGAUAAUAAAAGAUCAGAAAGUAAUGUAGAUAAACAAAAUGUGUUAGAAGAUGUUGUAAAAGAGAAUAAAAGUGUUAUAAAUCCUCAAGAACUGGUCUUAAAUGUACCAGAAAACCAACCAAAGACUGUUGAAACUCAGAAAAAAAUAGAAGAAGUUAACAAAGAACCUACAAAACCAGAGAAAAAUGUUUCUAUAGAUCAUAAAUUAUUGGAAAAUGACAAUGAACAAAUUCAAAAAACAGGUGAUAAGAGUGAUAAUCAAAACAUAGAAGAAUCUAAUGAAAAACAAAGUGUAGAAAUUAAAGAACAGCCUGUCCAAAAUCCAGAGCCUGAAAGGCUUCAAGACCCAGAUUCUCCAGAAGAUGACUACCCUUGUAUUUCUUUGGAGGAACUGGCAGCUAACCAAAUAACUGAUUUUAGUAGUGUGCCAGUUUUCAAGAAUUACAAUUCAGGACCUCCAACUAACAAGUUGUAUAUUAAGAAUUGUGCCAAAACUGUGGUUUUACAAGAUUUGGAAUAUAUUUAUAACAGGUAUAGAGAAGAACUGACUGAAAAUAGGCCUAGUGAAUUUAAUAUUAGACUUAUGCAAGAGGGCAGAAUGAGAGGUCAAGCAUUUGUCACUUUGGACAGUGUAGAAAUGGCUCAAAAGGCUGUCAAUGAGACCAAUGGUUUUAUUCUAAAAGACAAACCAUUGGUUGUCGUUUUUGGUAAAGCUGGGACAAAGAAAUGAAAAAAAA